AUGAACAAUGGCAAACGAUCCAUCAACAUCAGUCUCGGCUCUGGCUCACCGAACCUGAACUCACGACCAAGCCCCUUUGCGCGUCCAACGCGACCUUCGAGAACAACAGCCCUAGGCUUUGGUGACGACGACGACGACGACGACGACGAAGACAAAGGGAACGACAGCACAGGCUCGACAGGUCCACCCAAGCGCAAGCAGAUCAAGCUGGAGCAAGGUCCAGACGAUACAGAGGGUCAGGGAGAGGACGCAUUCUCGAAAUUGAGCACCGUAAAGCCAUCUGGAUCAGCAUCCUCAGCAUCACGCCCACCUGCACCGCCAGUUAAAAAAUCUGUCUUUGGGGAUGAUGAUGAUGACGACGAGGAGGAUGCCUUUUCGCACCUUGGAUCCAAGAAAGCUGCCGCUGCCGAGGAGACGACAAAAACCCAGGCAGACGAUGAGGAAGACGAAGAUGAUCCACUGGAUGCAUUUAUGGCUGGAAUCGACACACAAGUAAAGAAGGAAGCAGAGAUGCCCUCAGAGGAAAAGGUCCGACGCGAUGAUAUCGAGGACGAGGAUUAUGUCGAGAGCUACAUGAAGCACAUGAAGAAGAAGGGAAUUAUGGUCGGCCAAGGUGGACCUAUGCAGGAACGAAACGAGGAUGUCGACUCUGACGAAGAGGUCUAUGCCACUGCGCGUGCGAUUGACAGUGCAGCCGAACCACAGUUCGAUCCGGAUGAGGCGGGAUACGACAUGCAGUCGAAUGGCAAGAAGGAAAUCACGCCAUUGCCAAGGGUGGAUCACUCUCGACAAAACUAUGUGGAGAUUGAAAAGUGCUUCUACGAGGAACACGAGGACAUUGCAAAGCUGGGCGAUGAGCAAGUUAGGCAGAUCAGGAUGGAUCUCGAUAUGAGAGUCUCUGGGGCAGAUGCAGCGAAACCCUGUAUUUCGUUUGCGCACUUUGGGUUCGAGGAGGCUCUCAUGGAGACGAUUCGGCGAGCAGGAUACUCCGAACCCAGUGGUAUUCAGCAGCAGGCUAUCCCAGUAGCCCUUUCCGGGCGAGACAUCAUUGGAAUCGCCAAGACAGGUUCGGGAAAAACAGCCGCUUUCUUGCUGCCUAUGAUCGUGCAUAUUAUGGACCAAGAAGAACUUGACAAGGGCGAUGGGCCUAUUGGAGUUGUCCUAGCCCCAACACGCGAGCUUGCGGAUCAAAUCUACAGUGAAGCUAAACGUUUUGCCAAGGCGUAUGGUCUACGCGUCGCGGUCGUCUAUGGUGGAGCCAGCAAGCAGGAACAGUUUAAAACUCUUCGUUCAGGGGUUGAGAUCCUUGUUGCUACUCCUGGACGGCUCAUUGACAUGAUCAAGAUCAAAGCUACCAACUUCAAGCGCACCUCUUUCCUGGUGAUGGAUGAAGCUGAUCGCUUCUUCGAUCUGGGGUUCGAGCCUCAAGUGCGAUCCAUCUGCGACAACAUUCGUCCAGAUCGUCAAACCGUGUUGUUCAGUGCGACGUUUCAAAAGCGUGUAGAAAGGCUUGCCAGAGAAGUGAUGACCGAUCCUGUGCGGAUAUCCAUCGGCAAUGUUGGCCAGAUCAACUCGGAUGUCACUCAAGUCAUCCAGAUCUUGAAGGACGACACUCUCAAAUGGAAAUGGCUAUUGGAGAGACUCCAGGAGUUUGAAGCACUCGGAAGCGUCCUCAUUUUCGUUUCAAGAAAGAAUGGAGUCGUCGAGCUGACAGAAAACCUCAAGAACAUGAGCGUGAGAUGCGAAUGUCUGCACGGCGACAUGGUGCAGCAGGAGCGUGACAAGGCCGUGCACGACUACAAGAACCGCCAGUUUCCAACGCUAAUCGCUACCGACGUCGCGGCUCGUGGUCUUGACAUCAAGUCAAUUAGGACUGUCAUCAACUACGACGUGGCGCGUGAUAUUGAUUCGCAUGUUCACCGGGUGGGAAGAACAGGAAGAGCUGGUGAUAAGGGUACUGCAUACACGUUGAUCACAGACAAGGACGAUCGUUUCGCAGGUGAGCUGGACAAGGCUCCCGAGGCGAUCGAUGGGACCAGGGAGGAGGAAGGGGAGGGAAUGCAGGGCAUCAGCGAGAGUUUUCAGGACGAGACUCUGCAGAUAAUCACCGUGGACAAGGAUCGGGGUAUCGGGUACACAAGCAUCAGCCCAGGAGAGACAGCGUCCCGCACCGACAUCUACCCCUCCAACAAGCAGUCUCUCGGCUGGGUCUGGGAGACCGAAUCAGUCUGA